AUGUCCCUGAGCAAGGGGCUGCGGCUGCUCGCGCGGCUGGAGCCCGCGGGAGAGAGCAGCGUCCUGCUGGAGGCGCGCGGCCGCGGCGACUGCCUGCUCUUCGAGGCCGGCACGGUGGCCACGCUCGCCCCGGAAGAAAAGGAGGUGAUUAGAGGGCAGUAUGGGAAGCUCACGGACGCCUAUGGCUGCUUGGGCGAGCUCAGGCUGAAGUCUGGUGGCACCUCUUUGAGCUUCCUGGUUUUGGUGACAGGCUGCACCUCUGUGGGCAGAAUUCCAGAGGCUGAAAUCUACAAGAUCACGGCCACCGAUUUUUACCCACUUCAGGAAGAAGCCAAAGAGGAAGACCGUCUCUUGGCCUUGAAGAAGAUCCUCAACUCGGGCGUGUUCUACUUCUCGUGGCCCAACGAAGGGUCCCAUUUUGACCUGACCGUCCGGGCGCAGAAGCAGGGCGACGGCCACUACGAGUGGGGCAAUUCCUUCUUUUGGAACCAGCUGUUGCACGUACCCCUGAAGCACCACCAGGUGAGCUGCUCCGACUGGCUGCUGAAGGUGAUCUGUGGGGUGGUGGCCAUCCGCACCGUGUACGCCUCGCACAAGCAGGCCAAGGCCUGCCUCAUCUCCCGCAUCAGCUGCGAGCGGGCCGGCGCCCGCUUCCACACCCGCGGCGUCAAUGACGACGGCCACGUGUCCAACUUCGUGGAGACAGAGCAGACGAUUUACAUGGAUGAUGGGGUGUCGUCUUUUGUCCAGAUCAGAGGCUCCGUUCCGCUGUUUUGGGAGCAGCCAGGCCUUCAGGUUGGCUCCCAUCAUCUGAGACUCAACAGAGGCCUAGAAGCCAACGCCCCUGCUUUCGACAGGCAUAUGUUGCUUCUGAAAGAGCAGUACGGGAAGCAAGUGGUUGUCAACCUGCUGGGGAGCCGAGGCGGAGAGGAAGUGCUCAACAGAGCCUUCAAGAAGUUGCUCUGGGCUUCCUGCCACGCCAACGACACACCUAUGAUAAAUUUUGACUUCCAUCAAUUUGCCAAAGGCGGGAAGCUAGAAAAAUUGGAGAACCUGUUGAGGCCGCAGUUGAAGUUGCACUGGGACGACUUUGAUGUGUUCACGAAGGGCGAGAAUGUGCAUCCACGCUUUCAGAAAGGAACUCUGCGAAUGAACUGUCUUGACUGCCUGGACCGAACCAACACCGUGCAGUGCUUUAUCGCCCUCGAGGUCCUCCAUCUGCAGCUUGAGAGCUUGGGGCUGCUUUCAAAGCCCAUUGUUGACCGCUUCUUGGAGGCCUUCAAAGCCAUGUGGUCCCUGAACGGGCACAGUCUGAGCAAAGUGUUCACGGGCAGCCGGGCCCUGGAAGGGAAGGCCAAGGUGGGGAAGCUGAAGGAUGGGGCCCGGUCGGUGUCACGCACGAUUCAGUCUAACUUCUUCGACGGUGUGAAGCAGGAGGCCAUCAAGCUUCUGCUAGUUGGGGAUGUCUACAGCGAAGAGUCGACUGACAAAGGCAGGAUGCUCAUGGACAACACGGCCCUUCUGGUGACUCCCAGGAUCCUGAAAGCUAUGUCGGAGCGGCAGUCCGAAUUCACAAAUUUCAAACGGAUCCGUAUCGCCAUGGGAACCUGGAAUGUAAAUGGAGGGAAGCAGUUUAGGAGCAAUCUCCUUGGGACUGAGGAGUUGACUGACUGGCUGCUGGACGCGCCCAAGCUUUCUGGAGUUGCCGAAUUUCAGGAUGACAGCAACCCAGCCGACAUCUUUGCUGUGGGGUUUGAGGAGAUGGUGGAGCUGAGCGCAGGGAACAUUGUCAAUGCCAGCACCACCAACAGGAAGAUGUGGGGAGAGCAGCUCCAGAAGGCCGUCUCGCGCUCCCAUAGGUACAUCCUCCUGACGUCAGCACAGCUGGUGGGCGUCUGUCUUUACAUCUUUGUGCGUCCCUACCAUGUCCCCUUCAUCAGGGACGUGGCCAUCGACACGGUGAAGACGGGGAUGGGAGGAAAGGCGGGAAACAAGGGCGCCGUAGGCAUCCGCCUCCAGUUCCACAGCACCAGCUUCUGCUUCAUCUGCAGCCACCUGACAGCUGGGCAGUCCCAGGUGAAAGAGAGAAACGAGGACUACAAGGAGAUCACCCAGAAGCUAAGCUUCCCGAUGGGAAGAAACGUUUUUUCUCAUGACUAUGUGUUUUGGUGCGGCGAUUUAAACUACCGCAUUGAUCUUACAUAUGAAGAAGUCUUCUAUUUUGUUAAACGUCAAGACUGGAAGAAACUUCUGGAAUUUGACCAGCUACAGCUACAGAAAUCAAGUGGAAAAAUUUUUAAGGACUUUCACGAAGGAACCAUUACUUUUGGCCCCACCUACAAGUACGAUGUCGGCUCAGCUGCCUACGAUACGAGCGACAAGUGCCGAACGCCAGCCUGGACAGACAGGGUCCUGUGGUGGCGGAAGAAGCACUCAUUCGAUAAGACAGCAGGAGAACUCAACCUUCUGGACAACGAUCUCAAUGUCAACUCCAAAGUCAAACACACCUGGUCUCCUGGGGUCCUCAUGUACUACGGCCGGGCGGAGCUGCAAGCAUCUGAUCACAGACCUGUGCUGGCCAUUGUGGAGGCAGAGGUACAAGAAGUUGACGUGGACGCCCGGGAGAGAGUUUUCCAGGAGGUCUCCUCUUUCCAGGGCCCCCUGGAUGCCACCGUCGUAGUAAAUCUCCAGUCGCCAACCUUAGAAGAGAGGAGUGAAUUCCCUGAGGACCUGCGCACCGAGCUCAUGCAGACCUUGGGGAACUACGGGACCAUCGUUCUCGUCAGGAUCAACCAAGGACAGAUGCUGGUGACUUUUGCAGAUAGUCACUCGGCUCUCAGUGUCCUGGAUGUGGAUGGCAUGAAGGUGAAAGGCAGAGCAGUGAAGAUUAGACCCAAGACAAAGGACUGGCUGAAAGGUUUGCAAGAGGAAAUCAUUCGGAAACGGGAGAGCAUAGUCUCCCUGUCUCCCACAGCCAAUUCCUACUUGCUGGAGGAAAACUUUGAUUUCACAAGCUUGGACUAUGAAUCCGAAGGGGACAUUCUGGAAGAUGAUGAGGACUACUUGGUGGAAGAGCUACAUCGGCCAGUGGUCUCUGACAGUGAGCUGCUGGGAGAUGACCUUCCGGAAGCCACCAGCUCCGCAGUGUUGGCCCCCGCAAGCAGGUCGCCUACAUUCACCAAGAAGCAGCAGCAGCCAACAUACAAAGAUGACGCUGACCUGGCGAAGUUAAAGCAGGAGCUGGAAGCCGUUGGGGAUUUCCGCCACCGUUCUCCAAGCAGGUCUCUGUCGGUCCCCAAUAGGCCUCGGCCACCUCACCCACCGCAGAGACCCCCCCCUCCAACUGGCUUGAUGGUGAAGAAGUCGGCUUCGGACGUGUCCAUCUCCUCCGGCACCCACGGGCAGUACUCAAUUUUGCAGACAGCAAAGCUGCUGCCAGGAGCACCUCAGCAACCACCCAAAGCCAGGACCGGGAUAAGCAAACCGUACAAUGUCAAGCAGAUCAAAACCAGCAAUGCUCAGGAGGCUGAAGCAGCAAUCCGGUGUCUCCUGGAAGCCAAAGGAGCCAUGCAAUCUGAUGUUCCAGGGACCCCAGAAGAAGCCCUGAAUGCCAUGGUCCUGAGAGACCGAGGGAGCUCCAAACCAGAGCCCACACCUGGGGUGGCCAAGCUGGAGUCCUACCAGGUACCCCAGUUCAUUCCCCGGCGGCCAGCACCCAGAGUUCCUGCCAUCAAGAAGCCGACCCUGAGAAGGACGGGCAAACCCACGUCGCCAGGAGAACAGUUGGGGGAACAGAUGGCCCACUUUACAGUUGGGCCCCCAGAGACAAGCAUCGAAACCUCUUCUCUCACAACAGCCCCUCGAGUCCCGCCUGUCCCCAGACCCAGAACAUUUCAGCCUGGAAGAAGUGCCGAGAAGCAGCCAGGCCUUGGAAAGCCACCAUCCGAUGAGGCCCCUCCAGGGGCAGCAGCCACUGCACCAGCACUGUUGGAGGUCCCGUCUCUUGUGCCCAAGGUCCCACCGAGGAGGAAGAAGUCAGCCCCGGCUGCCUUCCACCUGCAGCUUCUACAGAGCAACAGCCAGCUUCUCCAGGGCCUUGCCUGCUGCAGCAGCCAUGAUGACUGCCCGCCUAGACCCCUGCCAGUCACUGGCCCCCUCUCUCCGCAGGCUGACUUUCUUGGCACAUCAUCUACCACAAGCCCUGACACCGAUGUCACCAAGAAUAUGAAGUCAGAGGCAGCCUCCAUCCUUGGUGAUUAUCCAGAUCCCUUCCGGAACCUUCUCCAUCACCCUACACUGUCAAAUCAUGCCUGGCUUUCCAAGAGCUCCGACCCUUCGGACUCAGGGACCAGGAGCUUUGAAAGGGCAUACACGGACCUCCCACAAGUCAGUGCUUCAACAGUGAAGGUGGAGCUUCCAACGGACCCCAGGGAGAAGGACUAUGGACGCUGGGUGACGCUCAGUGACAAAGACAAGAGGACGGCCCUGCAGUUGUUUGACCCGCUGGCGAAAACAUGACUGAGGGACUUCUACAGCUGCCCUCUGUGGAGUGCUUUCUUCUCCCCUAUAGACACCACUUUACCAGGAAAACGUUCUCUUUUUGUUAAACCCUUCAGUCUAAAGAGACAUCUAUUUAAAGACACACUGAAACAAACAUGUGAACUUCUGUAACUCUUGUGUAGUUUACAAAAACGGUGUCUCUUACUCAAUAAGAUUAUUAUUCAGCCACCAAAGUAUGUUUUACUCAAGACUUGGGCAUUUUAAGCUUUCUCUCAGGGGUACGGGAAGCCCCUGUCAGAUUCCGUGUACGAAUUUUAGGGAAGGAAACCUAGCUAUAAUGCCCAGGACGUUCCCCACCAUUGAAUUUUAAAUGGUUGCUCAGUUUACGUGUGUAUGUGAUUUUGUUUUGUUUUGUUUAUUUUGUUCGUAUUUUACAGAUUUGGAAUAACUUUUUGGUGAUGCACUUGAAGGUGGAUGCAUAAAGUUAGGAUUAAUUACAUUAAAGGCAGCUGGGACCAUUAUAGCUGUACCCGGGCCACUUAAACCAGGUUUACAAACAAAAUCAGUAUUGGAAGCAGGAACUAGAUCAACCAGACCACUGUCCAUUCCAUUAGCCUCUUUUGCUGACUUCUGGACACGUAUGUUAGCCUUGACUGUGUGUGACUCUGUGGGAGGCCAGACACUGUGUGAUUCUGAAGCGUGUAUCAUUGGCUUAACCUCAGCUUAAACUGAAAGCCUUCUGCCCUGCAUCUUGGAUAUUGCAUACCUCAUACAUUGCUGGAGUCCCUGGGUGGUACAAACCGUUAACCAGCUCAGCUGCUACCUGGAAGGUUGGAAGUUUGAGUCCACUCAGAGACACCUUGGAAGAAAGGCCUGGCCAUCUGUUUCUGAGACAUCAGCCAUUGAAAACCCUACAGAGCACAGUUCUACUCUGGCACACACCCAAAAAAUUAAAACAAACAAAGCAACCCAUUGCCGUUGAGUCGAUUCUGACUCGUAAUGACCCUAUAGGACAGAGUAGAACUUCCCCAUAGGGAUUCCAAGGAGCAGCUGGUGGAUUUGAACUGCCAACGUUUUGGUUAGCAGCUGAGCCCUUAACCCCUGUGCCACCAGGGCUCCUCUGAGACACAUGGGGUCAUAAAACCAGCCAUUAUAGCUACUUCCAUAAAAUCAACCAUCGUAGCUACUGGUAAAAUACAUUGCUACCAUUCUGAGCCCUAGUGUGCUACUUAACCUAAUUUUUAUACACUCUCUAUGGUGGCAUAGUGGUUAACAGCUGCAGCUGCUAACCAAAAGGUCGACAGUUUGAAUUCACCAGGUGCUCCUUGGAAACCCUAAGGAACAGUUCUGCUCUGUCCUAUUGGGUCGCUAUGAGUCGGAAUCGACUCAGUGGCAACAGGUUUGGCUUGUUUGGUAUACCUUAUAUGAAACCUCAUGGCUUCUUUCUUCCAUCAUAUUCCAUACCUGGCAAAAGCACAAAGUGUGAGAACUCAUACUGGCACAUCCUAUUGAUUCUCACUGUUGUAACAUGAAGUCUGUGCUGUAGCCUGGCCUGCCUCGCUAUGGCUCAGGAAGGCAAGCACUGUGUGUCCCUGUGAACAAGAACCCCCAGGGCAGUGUUUCUGGUUUGCUUGUUUAUAUGCUUAUCGUUGAUUACUGCCUUGUGCGUUUUUCCUGUAUAUUCCCCACACCACUUCUUGCCUAGUCAGUAAUUUGAAAAGACAUUACCAUACUGUUGUACAUUUAAAAAAUAGUUUUAUAAGGCCUAGAAUCCAUUGAGAAACCCUGGUGGCAUAGUGGUUAAGUGCUACGGCUGCUAACCAAAAGGUCAGCAGUUUGAAUCCUCCAGGCACUCCUUGGAAACUCUAUGGGCCAGUUCUACUCUGUUCUAUAGGGCCACUAUGAGCCGGAAUUGACUCGAUGGCAGUGAGUUUGGUUUGGAGUUUUAGAAUCCAUUGGGAGCAGACAUCGGGGUUUUGGUAUAAGAAAUUCACUGGAUAAUCUAGACAGUAUAGGAAAAUCUUAACGUGCCACAUGCCGUAUUUAGGAGUCUUUCAUGUUGUAGAAUUCGGCAGCGGUUAUACUGACUUAGCCCUCAUGUGACGUUGGCAUUCUGGUACUAAAUGCUAACUGCUGAGAUGUCACUAAUGCUCUUGCCUAGAACACACCACUCUGCUUUUACCAAUCAGACCUUUGGGAUUUCAGAACUAUUUCUCAGUGCCACUAUCUUGAUACAUUGCUGAUGACUUAGAUUUGGCAUUUGAAACAAAAGCAAAACAAUACCGAUCUCAUUUCAUCUGAAAACUGACAAAAGAAAAAAGAUAUUAGUGACCCACAGAGACAAACAGGUAAUAAGCAUAGCUGACCAGUCAUAAAAGAUGGUGUUUCUGGCCUUAGCUGAUUAGGACAGCUUCAGUAGCAAGUGCUUUGUAUCAUUUUUACUUCUGUGGCAAAUACAAGAAGUAAAGAACAUCGUCCUUGUAAGAAUUUAAGGGAGAAAGAAAGCAAGAAGAGUAGUAAUCUUGGAGAAGUUAAAUGAUUUGCCGAGAUUCACGUAGCUACUGAUGGGUACAAUUGGGAAUGGAAUUGAAGAUUUCUUAAUUCAAAUGCCCUUUUCGCUAUAACCUCUUCCUUCUCCCAAAAGGUAAAUUUGAAAGCAACCUUCAGAAAAGCAGGGGGAAAAUAAGUUCCACAAAAGUUGCUUUCAGUGCUGAGAAAAGGCCUAAUUUUUAGGUUUCUUCUUUGUUGUAGAGCACAAACAGCAAAUAAGUGCCACAGAGAACAGACCCUAGUGAAGGUAGGUGUGCAUCACACAAGUAGUUCUUGAGAAGGCGUCGUUAAGUAUUAAUGCACAGAACUGGGCUGACUUGGGCAGAUGGGUCAUGAGAAAAAUUGUAAGUAAUGGAACUUUAAAUUGAAUAAAUGUUAUUUGAUCCUGGGUGUUCAAAUUUAAUAAACAGCAUAGAUGAGA